AUGUUAUCGUCAGUCCUUACCAUUGUGCUUGCGGCACUUCUUAUGCAACCCGCAUUCUCGGUCAGCCCUACUUCGCCGUCUCCCACGCCCACACCAUCGGCAGACUGCGUAGUCAAUGUAUUCAGAUCGCCACCUCGCCAGACUAACUGCACCUUCUAUGAAACCACGACUACUUCGACUAUGUACACGGACUGCAGGGGAUGCGCGCUGAAGACGAAGGUUUUAGGCGUAGGGCUUGGUUGCCGGGUUUCUACGACGGUCCCAGGAACUGCAACUGCCACAGUUACGGCUUGUAAGAAGGAUUGA